AUGAAAAUGGUGAUACUUACAUAUUACAAAUUUUUAGUUUUACCAUUUGGAUUAGGUGUGGCACCCUAUUUAUAUUCAAAAUCUACUCGUGUCCUAGUAGCAAAAUGGCGGGGCGAGGGGAAAAAGGUGAAUAUGUUCUUAGAUGACGUUUUUGGAACUUCAUGUAAGUUUGGGUAGUACUAGACAGUUAGCUUUUGAUAUAAAACAAGAUCAGCUGGACUCCGACCUUGUGCCAAAAUUUGAUAAGUCGAUAUGGGAGCCAGUGCAGAUACUUGAAUUGUUAGGUGCAAUUUUCAACAUGACUGAAUAUACAAUCUGUAUUCCGCAGCGCAGAAUAGAUAAAGCCUUGGUCACACUAAAUGAGAUUAAUUAUCGGUCACGUGUCCCUGUUCGGACUGUUGCUAGUUUUAUAGGCCAGAUAAUUUCCAUGAGCAUAGUUAAUGGUCCGGUUUUUCAAAUUAUGACCAGGUAUUUAAGCAUGGAUGUUUUCAAGCUCGAACCUGGAAUUCAUACAUCAAAUUAUCACAGGAUAUGUAAUUUACUUAGUUUGAGUUUACGAAUUAGAAGUAAAUUAUCUUCCUUUCAAUUUCGGACAGUCAAACGGACAAGACAUAACUUUUCUUUGUUAAUUUUUGAAAACCGGUUUUGAUUACACUGUGGGCGACCACGUGGUAGAUUAUGACUUCGGGGUCCAUUCUAAGUACUGAGGAUACGAGUUGUGGAGAUUCGAACCCUAUCCAGUUGCAAUUAAGAACUAUUUUAGCGGAGUUAAGCAGCUUGAAACAAGAAGUACAUGGUAACAGUUAUUCAGUGUCAUCAGAAGUGAAAAAGUUAAAAACUGAGCAAGACAUAAAGUGGCGUUUUGAAGGAAACAACUUUAACAAUGAAUUGUUGGAUGCUGUAAAACAAGCAACUUGGGCGUUAGAACAUGGAAAGAUGGAAUAUUGUAUUGAACAAUUAAGCGAGUUUUCGGACAAAUUGCAAAAGAGGAAUAAGUUAAUUAGGAUUGCUGAUAGUUCCGAGGGCGGAUGGGAGACGGUACGACAGUACGAGUCGAAUCCGGUAGCGAGUGAUAGUGAAGAUGAGACCAAGAUUCACCGAGCUGAGAGCAGAGCUCUCAAGAAGAAACGCUCUUCAAGGGGUAAGGGGCGUGAUUUUGCUAACACUCGUCAGCCUGUGCAGUCGCCCUUUCUUACGGGAGGUGGGCGAGGUCGUUUUCGUCCAUACGGGUCCUUCAGCAACGCUUCCGGUUACGGUCCAGGAUCCACUUCCGUUUUCGGCUACAACGCAGUCCCAGGCUUCGGCAGACCACCCGCGCCCGGCCCAUGCUUCGCUUGUGGAGAGACCACCCACUUCCGGUGGAACUGCCCCCACGUUCGGGCAGGUGCCCAAGGCGACCAGCCUUCCGGUUCCAGAAAACGAGAAUUCUGAUGUGACAUUAAAAGAGGAGAAUGAUUAUAGACGCUUUACUCAUGAUUUUUACGAGUAUGAACAGGGUCAGAAACAUAUGAUUGUUAAGGGCAGAUUAAAAGAUCACUUAAAAUUUUGGCAAAGCAUAGGUACUAAUGAUUAUAUAUUAGACAUUAUUAAAAACGGUUUCAUGAUACCUUUGUAUUCGGAGCCAGAACAAAUUUUCUGUAAAAGCAAUAAGUCUGCUAUUUUAGAGCCAGAAUUUGUUACUGAGGCCACAGAAGAUUUAUUAGAUAGAUGCUUAAUAGAGAAAUGUAGUAACCCCCCAUAUGUGGUUAAUCCUUUAACUGUUUCAGUUCAGAGUUCUGGUAAAAAACGUUUGAUAUUAGAUCUAAGAGAGGUUAACAAACAUUUAUGGAAGCAGUCUGUUAAAUAUGAAGAUAUUAAAACUGCAUUGGCUUUAAUUUAGAAAGGAUGUUUCAUGAUAAAAUUUGAUCUUACUAGUGCUUAUCAUUUUGUACAGAUUUACGAGCCUCAUACAAAGUUUUUAGGGUUUUCAUGGAAUGACAAGGGAGGUAAUCCUGUAUAUUAUAGAUUCGUAGUAAUGCCAUUUGGAUUAUCGUCAGCGUGUUAUUUAUGGACCAAGUUAUGCCGCCCAUUGAUUAAGAAAUGGCGUGGUGAAGGUUUGCUUGUUACCAUGUUUCUAGAUGAUGGCCUAGGUUGUUCGAGCACAUAUGAAAGUGCGUUGAGAUUGAGUAGUCAUAUUAAGUCUGAUUUAUUGAGAUCUGGUUUUAUUCCUAACGCGAAAAAAUGUAUUUGGACCCCAGUUCAAAAUAUGGAAUUUUUGGGCUGUGAUCUUGAUACUUUAGAAGGUACCAUUUCUGUACCAAAACGUAGAUUGAGCAAAGUAAAUUCAGCUAUCAAAGAGCUAAUUGUUUCUGCAAGCAAAAAGGUUCGUGUUUCUGUGAGGAAAGUUGCCAGUUCAGUAGGACAGUUGAUUUCAAUGACAGUAGUUAUUGGUAAUAUUUCUCAAAUUAUGACUAGGUAUUUGAGUGCAGAUAUUUUGAAUGCUAGUCAUUGGAAUUCGUACAUUUUUCUGAGUGAUGAAAGCCAACAACCGUUGUUGUUUUGGCAACAAAAUUUAGUGUUAGUAAAUAACAAAAUGUUUGAGCAGUCAAAAACAUGUACAAAGGUGGUAUAUUCAGAUGCUAGUGACAUUGGUUACGGAGGGUAUGAACUUCAUACUAUGAAGUAAAUACUGUAAAUGGUGUUUCUCAAGGUGUUUGGUCACAGGAAGAGAGCAUAAAAUCGUCUACGUGGAGAGAGUUAGUCGCAAAGUACAGAGUACUGUUGUCUUUGGUACAUUUCGUAAGACACCAAAAGGUUAAAUGGUAUACAGAUAAUCAAGGUGUCAGAUCAAUUGCUGUCAACGGUUCUAUGAAAAGGGAAUUGCAAGAUGUUGCGUAUAGUAUUUUCCAGUGUUGUACGGUUAACUCUAUUUCACUUGAAAUGGAGUGGGUUCCAAGUUCGGAAAAUGAAAAAGCUGAUUAUUUGUCGAGGUUAUCAGAGUUUGAUGAUUGGGGAAUAUCUGAUGUCGUUUUGCAAAUGAUUUUUGAGAGAUUUGGUCGAUUACAGGUAGAGUGGUUUGCAUCAUAUUAUAAUGCAAAGUUACCGAAAUUUUAUUCCCGAUAUUGGAAUCCAAAUUGUUCAGGUAUAGAUGUAUUUGCAGAAAACUGGAAUGGUCAUAUAGGAUUGUUUGUGCCUCCAAUUGCUGCCAUUCACAGAGUCAUCAUGAAAAUGGCUAACGAUAAAGCGAGAGGUAUUUUAGUGUGUCCGUGUUGGAAAUCGUCUUUGUUUUGGACAUUUUUGUGUAAAAACGGUGUAUUUAUCGAUGAAGUUGUCGAUUGGUUUGAUUUACCGAUCGAGAAGCAUUAUUAUGUAUAAUGCAAAAAUGGAAAGGGGAUGUUCGGAAAUACUGAUUUGAAAUUUAGAAUGCUGGCACUACAGUUUGAUUUCAGGAAGGGGAAUUAACGGUGAUUUUGUAAAUAUGUAGUAUAACAGUGAAUAACCUACCCUGGUUGGGUAAAUAAACGAGUUUUGUAAUAUUGCAGCUUUGCUGAGAGGCGGUAUCGCCGAAACAAUAACAUUUGUCAUUGCGGUAUCGCAUAAAUGACUUAGCAGAAUUGCUUUUUAUUGCUUGGUCGAUUGUAUGAUUAAGAAAUUGCCACAAUGCAUAAAAAUAAGGCGCAUCCGAUGAUUGUUUGUGAGAUUAUUACAAUGCUUAUAAGAAGAGGACGAUUGUCUUUGUUCAUGUUACGUUGUAACUAGGCAAGUUCCAUUUAAAGAAACAAGACAAAUGCUUAUUUUGAUUUUUGUUUUAUACAUUUAUUUUUCCGGGUUCAUGAGGAAGAUAUUAAUAGCCUACCUGAUGUCCUGGCGGAUAGAGUGAACCUGCUCCCGGACCUGCUACGCCAGUCACGCGCACACAGUACGGACACAAAAUACCAUGGUGCUUUCAUGCGUUUUCAUAAAUGGGCGUUGUGUAACGGGUUGGGGAGUAGGGACAUUUUACCUGCUAGGAGUCUUGCAGUUGCUAUUUAUUUAGCAUCUUUAAUUCAAACCGCAAACACACCUAGUCCUGUGAUUGCUGCUUUUUACGCAAUAAAAUGGUUUCAUGACAUAAUGGGUUUAGAAUCUCCUACAAAUUCUAAAUUAGUAGUAAACAUUUUGGAGUCUGCAAAACGCAUAUUAUCUAAGCCUAAAAAGAAGAAAGAA